AUGUUUGAGACCAGGCUCGAGAUUGGACUGGAUUAUCCAGUACAAAUUGACACGUCAAAUAAGGAAUUUGACCCAACAGUCAGCAACGUCACGAUACCCCCAUCUACACCACACAACCUGGAUGACAUUCAACCAGAUCUAGAAUUUCAAGACCAGGAGUUAAAGGAGGAGAAUCUUCCAAUUGAAGAUGACGAGGAAGCGCUCCUCGAGAGGCGGCUCGAGCUAGCUAUAGGAUCGCCGGAAGGUGUGGUAGAGUCCAUCACUCUCCCCACGGUCACGGAGAGUGCAGUGACACUACCUUCAUCGACACCACCUGCAGAGGUUUCUGAAAGCAACUUCGCGGCUGUACAGGAGUCGAGUAGAAGGGUACUAUCAACAUCUCUGCCCGAGGACGAGGCUGAUGUAGAUGCUGCGUCCUUGUGCGAGCAGACACCUGCUACAGACGAGGAUGGAAACCUCAUAGAAGAUAUUACACCUCAAGUUCGUUCCGAGGCACCCAAGGGAACAUUUACUCACAUCCCGUCCCUCGAAGGUGCGACCCUUGUUCCCCUUCAGUCACUCGACGACCAAGAGCUCGAACCCCAGGCGGAUCCAAAAGGCAUCAAAUCCCAAACAUCGCUUUCAUCAUAUGACAUUUCGGGACAUACGGUGUCGCUGGAGGAGACCAAUCUACCAGCAGAGGAUACCGAACAAGAACUUCUGGCCAGGAGACUUGAGCUGGGACCAAGCGCACCAGUCGGGGCUGAAGUUGUAUCUGUCCCCUUGGAAAAAACUGCUAGAGUCACAGCCCUGCCACCAACGCUGCAAGCAAUAGAAGUCAUCUCAGAGGGCACGGGUGUUACUUCUGCAGGCGAGGAGCGGGAAGCAAUACACCAGACAAGCUUCCUCAGACACCAGAAGAGAUCCUGCGCCUCAGGGGACCCAUUGCCCUCGCAUCAGGAUCGGAUAAACGAAGAUUCUGGCUCGCCCGUCAGACCCUCGCUCAACGCUCCUGGGAGCGAUGCUGUCGCCGAAUCAACUGCAACCGUCAAACCUUCAGCUCGGCCCGAGGUGGACAACGAGGUGGACAGGCCAGUGAUACGGGUGGUGGGGUUCGAAGGGGAUACAGUUGAAACAUCGGGCAGGCCUGCAUCACCGUUACCACUGGGACAAACCUCGCGAGAAGCAUUUGUAUUCGAUACGCCAGAUGGGUCAGAUCACUACCAAGGUUUUCCGCCUGCAAACAUUACUACCUCUGAGCACGUGGAUACUACGGCACCGGAAAUUACUGUCUUGCAGGUUGAGGACUCGCCACCUCCCCGGAUCGUCAGCUCCGUGCCGAAGGAUGGAAUAACCCAGUUGAUACCUGUCAGAAUUCACAAUUCUGAUUCGGACACGCAGUUGCGACCAGAAGCUCAGCGAAUGCUCAGUACUACACCUGAAGCGCCUACUAGUCCUCGCUCCGAGACGUUCGACGAAACGGAUGAGUAUAAACAACAGAACAUACCGAUUGUUCGACCAAAGGAGGUGGAACCUCCGCUGCCUGAUACACCAGGGCCUCAAAUACCCUCUGUCAAUUUGGAGGUGCCGCUGGUCGAAGUGACGAGCUCGAAGGAUGAGCGAAUGGGUUUUGUGGAUGAUGCUCGGUCAGAGCGAUCCGUGGCUACAAGCGUCGCACCGAUAGCGCCUAACAGCCCACGAUUCAUCAGCCCGAUACCCACUCCAUCUUUGGAUUCCACUCAAUUCAUGCUGGGAGAGAGUGGCUUGAGCCAGACAGGGAUAUCCGACACAAACAGGAAGACAAGUCUUAUGGAGGAUCCUGUUCAAAUGCAACGGGAAACCGAAGAUCCAAUCGCCGAGUUGGCGCCUAAUCUCAAAGACGCAUUGAACAGUCCAAUCGAGCCAAAUACAACUUUCAAGCUUGAUAUGCAGCCGCAGUUGGCCCCUGUAGCAGAAGAUGGCAUGGUUGAUGCGAAUGCUACAGUAUCAAGUAGGCCCGCACGUCCACGACAUACAUCGUCACCCUCUACUUGGUCCGUCAAUAGGUCAUCUGGAUGGUUCCAAUCGGGCAGUCAUGCUAAGGACGCUGGACGACCAUCCCUAGAGAUUGCUUCGGGAGAGUUUAGUCGUCCUCUGCGCUCAGCCCCUCCAGAAUACCCGCCAGAAGUCGGCGUAGGAUCCAAGGGCAAAGAUGAUGGCCGAUGCGUUAUUUUCUAA